AUGUCAGAGGAAUUGACUGCUGAACAAAUAAAGAAUUAUGUCAAACUGGACAACCAGAUCCAUGAACUGGAACUCAAGAACUUACGUAAUGCGUACGAACAACUGGAUGGGCGUUUACAAUCUCUCAAGAAAGAGGAAACAGAUCUCAAAGAAAAGCUAAAGAAAAAGUCAGAAAAAACGGAAAAGGAGAAGAAAGAUGUGGAUAACCUCACCCAGACAAUGGAGCAGAUGGUGCUAUCUAAAGGGGAGUCUAACUUCACCAAGGAACUAAAAAAAGAAGAGGCAGAAUACAUGGAGGCAUUAGCAGAACAGGAUCAAGUUCAAAAAGAUCUCGACAAAAAUGCAAAAGAUAUCAAAGAAGCUGAGAGUAAAAUGCCUGCAGCAAAAGCUGAAGUAGACAAGUUAAACAAGUUAUGUCAGGAGCAAGAUCAAGCUCUAAAUGACAUCUUCAAAGGAAGUUAUGGCAGUGACUUAGAGAACAAACUUGAGGCAGAUCUAGACAUGCUACAAGAAAAAAAAAAAAGAAUAGAUGACGCUAAAUACAAAUGGACAAAUGGACAUGUUCUGCUACAGCAUGCGGUACAUCAACUUUCAACGGCUGUACAAUGUUGGGGAGAUAUGAUGAAGAGUUCUCUACCCUUAGAGCGGAAAUUCCAAGAAGCUACAAAAACACGUAACAACCUGAUCGCAGCCACACAGAACAUGAGAAGCACACACAAUUACCUUGGAAAUAUCACAUUUCCAUACUGUAAAUUAGCAGAGAUUCAAACACUGGAACAAGCAGCCAACAAUAUCUACAAUGAUAUGUGGACAGAUGACAGGAACGAUCAUGCCAAUCAGUGUUAUGUAGCUAACCAAAAAAGAUGUGCUGCUCUGUUACAGUGGUUUGACGCUGUUAUCAAUGCCAAAAUUGAGGUGGAUUUGGCUGAUGUUGUCCAGAAAUAUGCAGAAGCAGAGAAACAUCUGAGGGCGGAGAGGAUGAGACUAAUCAAGGAGCUGGCAGAUAAACAACAUAUCGCAUUUGAUGUUGAUACAUCAGCCUUUGAGAUGAGAGAAGUUAACAAGAAGGAUGAGACCCAGGGGAUGGAAUCGCCUGUAGGGGAUCAAAAACAGGGGAAAGGAAAGAUACCACAGCAAUCCAAUAUUGCAGCCAUACCAUCACAGGAAGAAAUCUUUGGUAAUAUGAAUGAUCUGAAAGAUGAACAUCAAAAGAGAAUUGAAGAUCACAACAAAAUUGUAGAUAUGAACAAAGCUCGAGUAAACCAGGGACUAGAGGAGAAAUUGGCAGCACGAAGGCUACGAAGAAUGGAACUGCAAAAAUCAUCCUAA